CUGAGGUCUAUUUUAUUCUUUAAUCUUAAUAAAACAGAAAACUUUUUUAAACAAUACCAUUAAUCGGUGGGUAAUACAAGCAGGACAGGGCUGUUUUUGGAGCUUUUGAUUACACCAUUCAGAGUUAUUUAGGGUUAUUUGAGUUUGAUUUUAGGGUUUUAUUUUGUUGGGAGUUGGUAACACUGCCCUGCUGUCAAUUUGACUGAAAUGAUAAUUAUUUUGAUUACCUAUUGGCGACGGCGGAAUUGUGUAAACCAAUGGUGUAAACGCAGAUAGACCCCAUAGGCCAUGAAUUAAAAAAGAAGAAGAAGAACAAAAAUUGCCAUCUUAAUAAUCGUAAAAUUGUUUUAUUUAAUGCUUUGCUUGUUAUCUACUGACGUCCUUACCUAACACUCAUCUGCAUUUUUAUGUUUCGGAUCUUCUUUUAAUCUAAUAGUUACUAAAAUCGUGAAUAGAUAUAAGAAAAUUCUUUGUUAUAUAUUUGAGGCCGAUCAAUUAAUUUGGUAUUACAAUUAAAUACAAAAACAAACUUAGAAUAUACCUAAGAUAAUCUAUACCUAGUUUCUUAAUUGAUGUUUUAUUUAUUUCAGAGUAAGUGUCUUUUCCUUAAAUAUGGCACAAAUAAGAAAACUUAUGAAAAACCAUUGGUUAAAAAAUGUCAUUGACACCCCAGUCCUUAGUAAGUCAAUAACAAGUGCCAAUGCAGCGAAAACAGAAAAUUCAACAAUAAAAGAAGAUGAGAUCAAAAUGUUUUCUAAUCAAAAUGAAGAUUGGUGGAAUCUAAAUGGACCUGCAAAAGCUUUACAUUCAAUGAAUGCGAUUAGAGUGCCUCUUAUUAGAGAUGGUCUUGUACAAUGUCCUUAUGAGGAUAGAACUCCAACACCACUAAAAGAUAAGAAAAUAUUAGAUGUUGGUUGUGGAGGUGGUAUACUAUCAGAGGCUUUGGCUAAAAUUGGUGCAGAAGUCACGGGUAUUGAUGCAAGUAGAAAUCUAAUAGAUAUAGCUCAAGAGCACUGUCAGGAAAAUAUUAAGCUGAUUAAUAAACCUAAAUAUGUAUGCACUACAGUUGAGGAACACCUUAAUGAUCACAAUGAAUAUUAUGAUGGCGUAGUGGCAUCUGAAGUGAUAGAGCAUGUUGCCAACAAAGAAUUGUUCAUAAAAUCAUGUGUUGGUGUGUUGAAGCCUGGUGGUCGUAUAUUCUUCACAACACCAAAUCGGACGAGAGCAACACAAAUCCUUGGAAUCUGUAUAUCUGAAUAUGUAUUAAAUAUUGUACCCAAAGGAACCCACCACUACGAUAUGCUGGUCACACCUAAUGAGAUGUCAUUCCUAUUAGAAAGAAAUAAUUGUCAUGUUGAACUGAUUUAUGGACUAUUCUACAACUUUUUGCAAAAUAGGUGGUCAUUUGUUAACUCUCAAAUGUUAUUAUUUGCAAUUCAAGCUCAAAAACUAGAAUAAUAUUACAUAGUAUCAACUUUGUUAUUAGUUUAAUAUAUAUUUAAGACUAGCAUUACCUACCAA